AUGACCAUUUUGGAGGGUAGCGUGAUGCGAGCGCCGGCGAGUGCCGGCGGGGUGGUUUUGUCCCGCUGGUCGCAAUCUGCGCCCGCGCCACUCACGGACUACACUGGACGGGCGCCCCCUGUACACCAGUACCCCGUGUUCCCAUAUGACGAUCAGAUCAACCAACGGCUUGCUAUUUGGCAAGGCGACAUAUCAACGUUAGAAGUAGAUGCAAUAACAAAUACAACCGAUGAAACGCUGACAGAAUGCAAUGUAGUUAGCGAGCGUAUAAUGCAGGGCGCGGGGCCCGAUUUGAAAGAAGAAAUUGUUACAAGAGCGCUAGAAUGUCGGACAGGCGAAGUUGUGGUAACGAGCGGGUACAAUCUCCGCUGCCGCCAUAUUAUACACACGGUCAGCCCGAAGUACGUGGCCAAGUAUCACUCUGCAGCGGAGAGCUCUCUACACAAUUGUUAUAAGAACGUGCUGCACAGGGCGCGGGAGUUGGGUGUGCGGGAGCUCGCGCUCUGCAUCAUCAGCUCGCCGCGACGGAACUUCCCGCCAGACGUUGCUGCUCACGUAGCUUUACGCACAAUCCGCCGCUACCUGGAGCAGCACCCGCAGCCGCAGCUGGUGGUGGUGUGCGGCGCGUCGGGGCCGGAGCUGGCGCCGCUGUGCGCGCUGGCGGCGCACUACUUCCCGCGCAGCGCGCGCGAGGCCGACGCGGCGCGCUGGCGCCUGCGCGAGGCGGGCGGCGCGGCGGGCGAGCCCGACCCGCCCGAGCGCCGCAUCCGCAUCAUACACAACCCGCACGAGCACCCGGACGCGCGCGCCGCGGAGGACGACACGUCCCUGUGCGACGAGGAGGCGGCGGUGGAGGCGGCGGCCGCCUUCGCGCGCGCCUGCUCGCCCGACACGCAGCUGCUGCUGCCCGCCAGCGCGCCCGCGCCGCACGGCACGCGCCACUACGACUCGGACCAG